GAUGCCACCUGUCCGAGACAGAAGCUGCAACAGCAGCAGCAGCAGCAGCCGCAGCAAUCCUUGACUUGGGGAGGAGAACCUGUCCCCCUGAUUUGGUUGCACUUGUUGCUGGCAUUGGUGGCGCUCAGUAAUCACACAGCAGUGGCAACAACUGCUAUAAAUCCUGGGGCAACAGUAACAACACAGGGAGACUAUGCAGCAACAUCGACGGCAACAUCGGCCACAUUAUCCUCGGCGGCAGCUUCCUCAUCAUCAUCAUCAGCAGCAGGAGCAACAGGAGCAGCUUCAGCAACCACGGAUAAGUUCUCGAACAACUGGGGCAUCCUGGAGGAUCCAUUCAAGGGCAUCGUGCGAAUCGGCGAUGGCAACACAGUUGCAAGGACAGCCAUUGAACAAUCACUGGUGACGAUCCAUGACAUUGCCACCGAGAACCUGGGAACACUAUGCAUCUCGACCCAGUAUCGACCCCUCCAAGUGCCCAUCAACUCGGAGCGGUACGAGAGCUCUAGACAAAAGGCCGAUUUAGCCGCUUCGAUACUCCAGGAAGUUGGAAUUAUUCGGCAUGGCGGCCUAUCGGAUGCCCUGGCCAAAGGACUGCUGACCGAUGACUUUAUAACUGGAGCCCGCAUUUUGGCCUUGAAUCUCACCAACGGAGCGGUGCAGUCCUAUGUUUGGUGGGUCAAAAGUGGUCAAGCUGAAACGCAGAGGUACGACGAGGAUGGUCUACAGAUUGGCAAAAAGCCUGCGGAAAGCUAUCCCUGGUUCGACGAUGAGACCACAACGCCCACAUUGCGUUCACCGAAAUUUGCACCAAGUCCGCCCAACAACUACUACAAGGGCUGGUGGACAUAUCCAUACUUCUCGUGCUCGGUCAGUCGCUGGUUGGUGUCCUAUAGCAUCGCCAUACCACCAACUGGGCGCCAUGGACUGCGGGGCUUCAUCAGCAUCGACAUCGAUGUGUCCACUCUGCGGGUUAAUCAAUGCGAGGCGGAGCCAUACCAAUUCGGCAGUCGCCGCCAGAAAAUGCAUCAAUUGCAGCAGCAGCAACGCCUACCGGCUAUCCGGAGGACCCCAUUUUUGCCCAACAGGAUGGGAUCCAAUGACGAGGGCACCAUCAGUGACCUGCAGGCGUUCCACAGCUCCCACAAGUGUCAUCGCACUUCCAUGGUGUGCGACUACCGGCAGCCAAGUGCAGAAGUACCGACAAUAAGCGGCAGCAAGCUCCUGACCUCGUUGAGUGGGAGCAGCAGCUGGGCGGGAUCCUACCAGUGCCUCUGCCGAAAUGGAUUCUACUCGCUACGUCAUCCAGAUGGCUUCAAUGGCACCAUCAUGGAGAUUGCCUGGCAAGAGCAGCAGGAGAACAUCAGCAACUAUUAUACGGAAGUCUUCAAGUGUUUGUCUUGCGCCCCCGGCUGUGACACAUGUACGGGUCCGGAGCCAUGUCUGGCCAACUACCACUGGCCAUUCAGAAUAUCCUUGUUGACCAUAUCCAUUGGCUGUGCCUGCGGCACCUUUGUCCUUGCCGGCUACCUCUUCCGGCAUAGGCGCGUCAAGGUCUUUAAGGUGGCCAGCCCCAUCUUCCUGAUGAUCACGCUCAUUGGAUGUGCCAUCAUGUAUCUGGAGAUGGUGGCUAUUUUCCCCUUAUUGGACACAACUUGGUGCAUUGCCACGAAAUGGACUCGCCACAUGGGCUUUUGCAUCACCUACACUUCGCUGUUAAUGAAAACCUGGCGAGUUUCUUUAACUUAUCGCGUCAAGUCGGCACACAAAAUAAAACUGAACGAUCAGCAAUUGUUACAAUGGAUGGUGCCCAUCCUCCUGGUAAUGCUGAUCUAUUUGGGGACUUGGACCAUUUCGGCAACACCCUAUGCUGAAGUGAUCUAUGACCAGAGUCACCUGAAGUUCAAGCAGUGCUCGUAUAAUUGGUGGGAUCACAGUCUGGCCAUAGGGGAAGUAUUCUUCCUGGCUUGGGGCAUAAGGGUUUGCUAUAAUGUACGGAAUGCGGAGAGUCUAUAUAACGAAGCGAGGCUUAUAUCAUAUGCCAUCUACAAUAUUGCCAUUGUUAACAUAGCCAUGGUGGCAUUUCAUGUCAUGCUCUUUCCAAAUGCUGGACCGGAUUACAAGUACAUGCUGGGAUUUGUGCGCACUCAGCUCUCGACGACCACAACCAUUGCUUUGGUAUUUGGACCCAAGAUUUUGAGGGUCUUCAAGGGCCAAGGUGACAAGUGGGACCAGAAGGCCAAGGUGAGGAGCAUAACAGCUUCAUUUUCCCUAAAUGGAGUGGGUCUGGUACCGGAAGAGUCGCCGGAUCUCUACCAGGAAAAUGAGGAGCUUAAGGAACAAGUCCAGAAGCUGGCCCAUCAAAUCGAGUUCAUGAAGACUGUCCACAUGCAGAUGAACAACAGGCAUCUGAAGCCAAAGCCGGGAGGAUAUUUUACCAUCACCUCAACCUCGUUCCAAGCGCCCUACAGCAAGAACACGGUUUCCACGGCACAGACGCAAACUGGCAAAGAUGAGGCCAGUGGCACGCCAACGAAAUCAAAGUCGCCCAAGGGCAAAGUCUGACGAGGUCAACGAAGUGUUAAAGAUUGCUCAAUAGAAGUGGAUGAGAGGCAUGGCAUUGCCACAAUGGUGGAGGAUGCAAUUGAUUUUAGUUUCCACCAAGCAGACUCGGAGGAGAUAGUUAUCCUCAAGGGAGAUGAGCAGCCGGGCUCAGAGGAGGCAGCCCUGCUGGAGCAAUUCCGUCGCCUUUUCGCACCCAUUUUAAAUGAUAGCUUAAGGCUCUACUACCAGCUUAAUGACUCGGACGAUGCGGAGCACGUGAGGAUCCACCAAACGGUGGCACAGCUGAACGAUGUGGGUAGCAGUGAGGAGGAGACAAUGGUGACCCAGGUGAAUAGUCCAUCGCCGUCGCCACCGGUGGAGGUGGAGUUGCUUCUGCCCCUUUCGAGCGACAGCUCAACGGCCAGCAGUUCUCUGUACGCGAUCCAUACCCCAUCGCCGGCUCAUCCCAGUGGUGUGAUCCUGAUGCCCCAGAAUCUAGAGUCGCCACAGUUGUCCCACAGUGAUCCCAUCACGCUCACCGAACAGGUGCAGCUGCAUAAUCCUCCGCCGGAGGACGAGAACAACACGUCCUGUUCUCUCUCAUCGAAUCUGACGGACAGCAAGACCCUGGAUGGUCGCACUCCCAUUGUGGUCUGAGGAGGAGGAUAAUGGAUAUAUUCCCCGAUCUGCUUAACUUGUGAUUUCGUUUACACAGUCUUAGAGAAACAACAAACAGUUGGCGGAAAAGGACAGCUUAACGUUAAAUAUUAGUCUUAAAUAAUGUUUGUGUGUAUGUGUCUGUCAAAGUUGUUAACAUAUUAAUUGCGUUUAUGCGGAACGGAUAAUAAGAGAGAUAUAUUUAUAUAUUUCAGCCAUACAAAAGUUAUAUAUGAAAUAUCCCACCAAGUAUAACAAAUAAUUUC